ACCAGGAAGUAGGGUUAAAAAUUUCUCUACACAAAUGAGCAGAGUGCGCGAGCGACAGCUAACAAACGCGCUAUAGUUUUCAUACCACGGUUAUUUAUUUCACCUCGUCGGAGACUCCUUUAUUUACUUUAUUUAUUCUUCACGUUGCCGAGGAAGGUCUGAUUUUGGAAAAAAAAGAUGGACCCCACGCUUGCUGAAAUGGGGAAUCACCUCUCUGACGCCAUGAAGAUUUUGGAAAGCGGACAAUUAGAGACGACGCAGGACGCAGAGAGACGGCGGCUCAGCUGGAGAGACAUCCCAGGACCUCUACAGGGAGACGGGCAGAAUUUCGUGACCAUCCUGCAGCUCAUUCAGAACCUCAUGCAUGAAGACGAGGACAAACAGGGACACCGCAGGAUGCAGUGUGUUGGAGAGCAGGGUCACAUGGCCUUACUGGGUCACAGCCUGGCUGCUUACAUCUCCAUUCUGGAUAAAGAACGUGUGAGAAAACUGACCACACGUAUCCUCUCAGACACCACAUUGUGGCUCUGCAGACUCUUCAGGUAUGAGAACGGUUCGGCGUAUUACCACGAGGACGAGCGAGACGGGCUGCUGAAGGUGUGUCGUCUGGUCAUUCACACACGCUAUGAAGACUACGCUACAGAUGGCUUCGGUGUGUUCAGCGUCAGAGCACCGGUUAUUUACCUGAGUGCGGCGUGCAGGUCGGGGCUGGGAGAACACCUGUGCAGCCAGUUGGGUCUGCCUCUGUCCAGCGUCUGCACCGUGCCGUGCAACACCAUGUUCGGCUCUCAGCACCAAAUGGACGUGGCCUUGCUGGACAAGCUCAUCAAAGAGGACGUCGAGGCCGGGAAACUUCCUCUGCUUCUGGUCGCAAACGCCGGAACUCCAGGUGCAGGUCAUACAGACAAACUGAGUCGUCUGAAAGAGCUGUGUGUUCAGUACAGCGUUUGGAUCCAUGUGGAGGGUGUCAAUCUGGCAACCCUGGUGCUCGGAAACGUCUCCUCUGCUGUCACGGCAGCCACUAAGUGUGACAGUAUGACGUUGACUCCUGGCCCAUGGCUCGGGCUGCCUGCCGUUCCUGCUGCGACUCUUUACAGACACGAGGAUCCUGCGCUGUCUCUAGCAGCAGGUCUCACUUCCAGCCAUCCAGUGGAGAAACUUCGGGCUCUUCCUCUAUGGCUUUCAUUGCAAUAUCUUGGGCACGAUGGAAUCAUAGAGAAGAUACAACACGCCCUGCAGCUGAGUCAGCAGCUUCUGGCACGACUGAAGUCUUUGGCCUCCAUAAAGACGUCGGAUGUCCUUGACAGUGAGAUCUCUCUCCUGGAGGCUUUGAGAAUGGUCGAGGAUGAACUCAGUUCUCCAGUUGUUGUGUUCAGGUUCGCUCAAGAUACAAGUUCAGCGUCGAGCGGCGGGUCGGCAGAAGGACACUGUGGAGGAGACCGAGACGUUCAGGACGCUCUGAACAGAUGGCUCAGUGAGCAGUUAGCGCUGCUGGUCCCAAACAGUGGUGUCGAUGUGGUCGAGCUGGAGGACGAAGGCGUUUGUGUUCGCUUUAACCCUCUCAUGACGGCUGCAGCUUUAGGCACACAGCAGGCGGACGUCACGGCUUUGGCGGACAAGUUAGCAGAGACGAUCCCUGUUCUGAGCUCCACGCUGCGUUUGAGGCACGAUUUCCGAGAGGAAGUUCUCCAGUACGCAGCGCUGACCUACAUCGAGGAUUUAAGCUGGGCCGGACUCGGAGCUGUGAGGUACGAGCCGAAGAUGACGGACUUGGACGAAGUGAAGAGACAGGUGGAGGUGCAGAAGUUCAACGCUGAGCUGCUGAAGAAACUGAAGGAACUGGACACGGAGCUGGAGUUCUCAACAGGGCCUGAAUUUGGUGAAGAGAAGGACUGUGUGUUUAUCGGGAUGGUGUCUGAAGACCUGGACGUCUCUGUGUUGGUGGAAACCAUUGUGUCUACGGGGCGAGAGAUCGAGGAGAGCGGGAAGUUGUUAGAGAACAUGACGGAGGUGGUGCGGAAGGGAAUCCUGGAGGCUGAGAUACAACUUCAAAAAGCUACUGAGGAGAAACUUUUGGAGGAGGGAGUGUUACGUCAGAUUCCUCUCGUCGGCUCUGUGCUCAACUGGUUUUCUCCAAUUCAAGGCUCGGUGAAAGGCAGGACAUUCGACCUGGCAGCAGGUUCCUUGGACAGCACUGAGCCUGUUUACUCCAUGAAGACUCAGACAAAUAAAGAGGCUUCACCCGAAACUCCAAAAUCUCCGGACAAACAGUUUGCAGGACAAAAGCUGUUCCGACGCUCCACGGCGGGUUCGGAGUCGUGCAGCGAGACCAGCUCGGUCUGCCACCUCGACGAGUCUCUAAAGGAGGCGGAAGUUCCUCAGUCGCUCUCGGGCAAGUCCGAGACUCCUCUGGAGCGAGCCCCGGAAGCAGUUACGUCAGAUCAGCGCGUUCCCGAGGGCCAGAAGGAGUCCGACACGCUCAGAUAGAACCAUCAAACCCAUCAGAGACUCCAAAGCGGCUGUACACUGUGAAGUGCGCAACCUUGAUGCCUUGAUCGAGUCCGAUUAGGGCUGCAUUCCAAUACUGUUUAUAACACUUACUCGUCCGCUUCCCCGUUCCUCUCUCCUGACACUAGUUCCGUUCCUUUACGAUCUGGAACGAAGUGGGUUAAACUGUAGACGUCAAGGAGCACCAAACAUCAAGAAAUCAUUGCGAUAGAUGGUCUGAUGAUGCGGGUUUCCUUUCACAGGAGCAAUAAAAUACAUGACGGCGUUACGGUAACCUGAAAGGAACCCGUCCCGUUACAGUCGUACGGAGGGGAAGACGACGAGUGGGCGUUAGAACAGUAUUGGAAAGCAGGACAGGAAGUAAAGCUUUGUUCUAGAAGAGCGACGAAUAGAACAAGUGGAAUAUUUCAUCAGUGCGCAUCGUCUCUCACACCCACUUUACACACUGGUCUAUUAAUAACCAUCCGUUUCUGUGAUUUGGUGAAUAUUCACCGUUGUGAUUGUGCGCACUGCCACGUAGCAUCGUAUAUUUUUUUAUAUAUAUAUAUAUAUAUAUAUAUAUAUAUAUAUAUAUAUAUAUAUAUAUAAAUAACAUGUAAAUGAAAUCUCAAACGAAUAACAAAAAAUAUAUACGAUGCUACGUGGCAGCACACGUUCACUGUAGAUGGUGGGUUAAGUUUCUCUAUAUUAGUUUUUGGCUCCUUUUUUUUUUUUUUUCCUUCUUCUUCUUCCAAGCAGCAGUUCAGCCAGAACCGAUAUGUACUCAAUAUCCCUUGUCCCAGCACACACAGUUAAUACAUUAAAUACAUUAAAUGUAUCCUGUCCUUUAUAACACUACGGUACAAGAGGAAUAAAACACUUUGUCUAGAUUUGGGGUAUAAAGGACAUUUUGUCUCUGAACUGCUGCCUUAAAAGCUUGUGUGGUUUUUCUUUCGUGGAGUUUUUUUUUGUUUUUUUUUUUUUUUGAUUACUAAAAGUAAAGUCGAAUAUAAUGCUUUUAAUAAUCCGCUUAAAGCCUUAUUGCACUUUUUUUGUACAGAUAAUUUAAUCAGGAUUAUCUUUAUUUAUUCUACCGAUCGAUAAAACCUCUUCGAACUCCGUGUCAGAAUUUUUACCGUCCGAUCCGUCGCGAGGUUUUCGAAGAGCUGCUGUCGUUUUUUUUUUUUUGCACUCGCCGUAACCGAAGAACUCGUGGGAUUUUUAUUUACCGUACGUCUUAAUGUUUACCGUAAAACGACUGGAAGGUUUGUGAUCGCGUGAUUUUAUUUUCCUGUGCCAUCAAUGCCACAAAGCCACUGAUGAAGUUGUUCCCUUCUCUCGGCUCGUAACGUCCGACUCUUUUCUUCACGCUCACUAAUAAGAGCAUCUAAAUAUCAUAUGAAGUAUGAACACAUGAAUUAACAUUUUCACCAAUCAAAUUUCACCAAUAGAUAAAAGAUGAAACCUAGAGAUUUUUCACAUUUAUUCGUUGAUGAUUAAUGUAAAUUAGUAUAGUGGUUUCAUGAAGGCUAAUGUAAAUUAAGACUGGAUUAUCUUUCAAAGCAGCUACACUGUCUUAAUUUGGUGCAAUAAAUAUCCUGGUAGUUGUUUGUUUGUUUCUUUUCUUUUCUUUUUGUGGCAGAACAAAUAAAUAAGAGCAGAUUAAAUUAGUUUUUAUAAUCACAUAAGCUUUUCCAAGAGUCUGUAUAUUAUAAUAAAAAUGAUGAUUCCAAGCAAAA